CACGCUUCAUUCCGUUGCACGGAAUGCUUCAAUGGCCCGCUCCUCUGUCGCAAGUGCGUCGUCGAAGCGCACACUUGGACACCUCUGCACCGCGUGGAACGAUGGACAGGAACGUUCUUCGAGCGUGCGCAACUCAGCGAUCUCGGCCUCGUCUUCUCUAUUGGACACCACGGGCGCCCGUGCCCCUCAUCAUCGCACAACCGUACGAGAAAACUCACGGUAGUACACACGACCGGCGUUCAAUCCAUGGUCGUCCAGUAUUGUGAAUGCAUCCACGACGGCAAGUUCCCCGAUGACCGACCUGUUCAACUAUGGAGUGCCGGUUUGUGGCCAGCGUCGUUCGAGCGGCCACAAACUGUCUUCACGAUCCACGCCCUUGAGUUCUUCAGCCAACUAACGUUUCAGGCGAAGACGACUGCGCACGACUACUAUGGAACAUUGCGGAGACUCACCUCGAAUGCAUUCUUUGACGAUGUGAAGGAUCGCUAUCGCGAGUUUAUGACCGCACACCGCCAGUUUCACUACGUCCACACCCUGAAGCGGUUUGCGGUCAAUGUCAAGCGCAAGCUGGACCCCGGUUGUCUGGCUCUGCGCUGUCCAGCGUGUCCACACCCUGACAUCAAUAUGGACCCGGACUGGAGGGACCGACCAGAGGACGAGCGAUACAAGGACGCCGUUCAUUACGCCAAGGACGGAAACUUCAGUCUUAACCAGCACGACAAGAAGAUGGACCAUGAAGACGUACCUCUGAUGGACGGAGCUGCGUACUACGUCGAUAGCGAGAAGUACCGAGACUACCUGGACAAGAUGAAAGUGUACGAGGACGCGCAAGACGAGACGUCUACCUGUAGCAAAUUCAACGCACUAUCCGACCGCUAUAAGGGAAAAAUCAAAACCGGGCAAGUCGGACUUUCGUGUACGCGUCACGGAUUUGUUUUGCCGUGCGGGACCGUCGACCUACAUAUCGGUGAACGGUACGCGAACGUAGACUAUGCGACACUGUCUGGCUUGCAGUGGUUCCUUUCCCUUUUCCUCAUCAUUGGCUCUUACGACGUCAACUGCAAGUAUGGUUUGAACUGGUGGAGCCGUCUGAAGAACAUCGCCUCGGCUGUCCCUUCCGUGCCUGGUGUCACACUCGCAAAGGAAGCAUGGCCGGUUAUUCGACGCUGCGUGCCAAAAUGGCACCUAGCGUCGCAUACCGGUAUGUGUCGCUAUUUCUACUCGUUCUAUUAUACGCCCGGCGUCGGUAAUACCGAUGGAGAGUCAGUAGAGCGGCGUUGGGCGGUGCUGAACGCCAUCGGCCGUUCUGUGCGCGAGAUGGGUCCGGGCCACCGCCAAGACGUCAUCGACUCUCACAACUCGGAUUUCAAUGUCCAGAAGAUGUUCAACAUCUCACGCCACCUUCAGAAGAAACUGAAGGAGGCCGAAACUUACCAUGCGAAGAAUCAGGACCAACUCGACGGCCUAGAGACUACUCUGCGUAUGAACAAGAGGCCCCUGGCUGAAUGGAAAAGGGAGGAAUCAGCGUAUAUCGCCCACGUUAUGCGCGGGACGCUCGACGAGAAGAAGAUGAAAAAUCCUUAUCAGCCUGCUCCAGACGAAGCUCCGACGACCCAAGACAUUCUCGCAGAGCUCAAGAAACAACAGGCUUCCGAGCGCAAUGCCGAUGGCGAGGUCACGUUUUUGUUCAUUGAAUGCAGAGUGGCGCUCAAAGCAAAGGUUAAAGCGUACGAGACGGACGAGUCCUCAGAGCUUUACAACGAAGUCGAGAAGGAACGAGACGUGUUGGAGGGUAAGCUGAAGGAUUGGGCGCUAUGGCAGCAGCGGGAGAUGGGGGUGAGCCUGGCGGAGGUAGAGGAGCAGUUCGGCGACAGCGAGUGGCCCACAGGCGUGGCGACGAAUCCAGAGGAGGCGACGAUCCUGGUACCUUCUGCAUAUGCCCCUGAAGUCUUCAAGCAUGCGGCAUUCAGUCGCUAUACGUCGGCUGAGCGACGCCUUCGCGAGGCUCACGCCAACGACACCCUGCGGAAAGUGCGUCAGAAGCUGCACUUCGAAGCCUUUUACAAGACGCAGAAUGCGGGUUCGUUCGGACAGCAAGCUCACACAAGAUAUACGACACUGAGAGCGGGAGAGAGGGCCAAAAUCGAUCGAUUACGCGAAGAGUAUGAAUUCUUCCGACACAAGGCGGUACGCAUAGCAAGCACUGGGACACCAUGUACUCUACGACCACUGAUGGAGAACGACUGUCGACCCCCGAUCAUUGAGAGCGAAAAGCCAGGGCGGAAAAAGGAAGAGGUGAACUGGAUUUGGCGCGACAAGACCUAUCACGGGUCGAGUCUGGAGAAGUGGGCACUUGAAGGUGAGUCUCCGGUUGAUUAUUAUGGGGCGUGGGUGCUAAUGCGUUCGUCAGCAAUGCGCGUGGAAUGGUUUCGUGCAAGCGCACGAGUAGCCAGAUGGGGCGAAGAGGUUGAACUUCUCAAAGAGGAGAUGCGACGUGUGCAGUGUUUCUUUCUAUACUCGAUGAAGCUGUGGGAUGGGCGU